UUUCAUUUUUGCACGGCAAACAUAAAAAGAACAAAUAGUAACAAGACAACAAAAAAAAAACUAUGUGAAAAAUAGAGUUUCGUGCCAUUAAUAAUCAAUUAACAGUUUUUAAUUUUUCUCGAUCGUCGGCUUCGUUGUUUCGUUCUUUAAACUAAUAAAUUAUUUAGCUCUCUCAGUUGCAUUUCUCGUAGUUGAUUUAAAAUAAAAUUUUAUGAGAGAGUUAGUUCUUAAAAUAAGCAAGAAAUGGCAUACGAUAAAUUAAAGCCAGAUAACAAGCAAUUGGGGAGAAAGGCUAUUCGCAUACUGCAGUUGAAUCUACGUUUCUGUAUAUUUUUGUCGAUGAUAAUAACAAUUGUGUUCCUUAUCGUUUACUUAAACCUUACACUUAAUAAAACUCCAAAGUAUUUGACACUAAAUCAGUAUGUGAGCAAUCUUUUUAAUGAUCCUUAUCAAACGCCAACAAUGCGACAAACGAAUAGCAGUGAAGAAGAAGGAGAAGAAUUUUAUGCAGAUGAAUUCGACUACAUUUGGAGCGAUGAAAGUAUAGAAUUGUUUCAAAAACAACUAGGAAUUGAAGACGAUAACAACUCAACCAAAACUAAAACCGUCGAAUGCCAUUCAAAUAUGCAGUUUAUCAUGAGUGCUCUACCGGGACCAAACGAUGACAUUUUAAGUGACAUCGUAUGGCAGUAUUUUUCACUCUUAGCUUUAGAGUCUCAAACAAUUCAAUACAAUAGCAAGGGAGAAAAGCUCUAUUUGAAAGCUUUCGUGACAGAAAAAAUGCGCACAAAAUUGAAUGAAUUAUUCGAGGGACUUCCGCUUCAAACAUUUACCAUUUUACCCUCAACAUGUUACAAUCUAAAAUAUGCUGAAAUUAUUGGAAACAACUCGCCAAUCAGCCUAAAGGAAAUUGCUCUCGCAUCCACGCCGCUUUUACUCGACCCCAAAGCGAAACGAAUUAAGGAAAUUGCUCAACUGUUUGGUUCCAAAAUGAGACCAUUUUUUAGGUAA